AUGCUGGGCUCGGACGCGUGCGAGUUCGGCGGGCAGCUGCUGGAGCUGCUGCGGCUGGCGGUGUGCGCCCGAGAUAUCAUGGUGGACAAGGAUGGUGUGAUGCCCCCCCUGGAGGAGGAGAUGGAUGAUGUGGACUUGGCGUACAGGGCCCCAGAGAAGAAGACCCUCCAGGAGAUCCAGCAGCUGGAUGAGGGCGAUGAGAGCUUGAACAAAUACAAGCGGGUGCUGCUCGGGCCCAUCCCAGUGGGUGUCGAUCCCAGCGUGGCUAACGUCACCUUGACGAGACUGACUCUGCUGUGUGACCAGGCUCCAGGGCCCAUAACCAUGGACUUAACAGGGGAUCUGGAGGCGCUGAAGAGCCAGUCGUUUGUGCUGAAGGAAGGGGUGGAUUACAGAGUGAAGAUCUCGUUCAAGGUGAACAAGGAGAUUGUCUGUGGCCUGAAGUAUUUGCAUCACACCUACAGGAAAGGCUUGAAAGUGGAUAAAGACGUCUACAUGAUGGGCAGCUAUGGACCCCGCGCCGAGGAGUACGAGUUCCUGACCCCCCCGGACGAGGCCCCCAAGGGCAUGCUGGUGCGGGGCACCUACCACAUCAAAUCCUUCUUCACUGAUGACGACAGAACGGACCAUCUCUCCUGGGAGUGGCACCUCUGUAUAAAGAAGGACUGGAAGGAUUGA